AUGGCGCCAGUCCCAGUGGACCACACGAGAGUGGACUUGCCGGAGCACGCCACGGCUCACGCGCUCCGCCUUGACGUCGGGCAAGACGACGCUACCGCCUCCCUCCUCACCCUUCCUCAAUGCCAAGGAGCCGACACCGCGGCACCUCAUAGCGAGUACGUUCUGCUGCACGAGCGCGAGGCGGCGGUGGAGCGCGGAGCGGCGUCGUGGGUGGGGGAGGCAGCGGCGCAAUGCAGCGUGGGGUUGCCGGUGGCGGGCACGAUGGCCGUGAACAGCUUCAUGCAGCUGCUGUGCCUCGCGUUCGUGGGGCACCUAGGCACGCAGGAGCUCGCGUGUUCUUCCAUCGCCACCGCGCUCGCGAACGUCACUGGCUUCUCGCUGCUGGAAGGGCUGGCGAGCGCGAUGGAGACAGUGUGCGGGCAGGCAUACGGAGCAGGGGACCUGGCGAACCUGGGGACCAUGCUGCAGCGCGUGCACCUCAUUCUCACCCUCGCCUGCCUCCCCAUCUCCGCCUGCUGGCUCGCCACGCGACCGCUGCUGCUCUUCACAGGCCAGGACCACGCCAUAGCGAGCGGGGCAGCGCUGUACAUCGCAUGGGAGAUCCCGGGCCUCGUGGCGUCCGCCGCGUUUCUGCCCAUCACCAAGUUCAUGCAGGUGCAAGGCGUGACCCUGCCCCUCACACUCAUCUCGCUGGUCGCGCUGCUCUUCCUCUCGCUCGCCUCCUACCUCUUCAUCCACACGUUCGCCCUCGGCUUCACAGGAGCCGCCAUGGCCCUCUCGCUCACGCUGCUCUUCCAGCUGCUCCUCGCCCUGCUCUACCUCGCUCUGCUAGACAGCUCCCAUCAACUGCUCUCGCGCUGCUGGCGCGGCUGGUCGCUCGCCCUCUGCUUCUCCGGCUGGUGGCCCUACCUCACUGUGGCCGUGCCCUCCUGUGCCAUGAUAUGUCUGGAGUGGUGGUUCUUUGAGAUCGUCACGCUUGUCUCCGGCCUGCUGCCCAACCCUGCUGUCAACGUCGCAGCCAUGACCAUAAGUCUGCAGACUGCUGGGUUCUGCUUCAUGUUCUCCCUCGCCUUUGGCAUCGCUGCCAGUGUGCGUGUGAGCAACGCGUUGGGAGCAAAGAGCCCAGCAGCAGCACGGCGGGCGGUGGGUGUGGCGAUGGGCAUAUCGGUGCUGCUGUCAGCGCUCAUAGCAUUCUUCCUGCUCUUCAUCCGCGACUUCCUCAUCCUCUUCUUCACUGGUGCCUCUGCUCCCGACGUGGCUGCCCUCGUGCGCACGCUCAUGCCCUUUCUCAUUGUGUCCCAGCCGGGCCUCUGCCUCCCAACAAUCCUCUCAGGAGUGCUGCGGGGGUCAGGGCAGCAGGCAGUGGGCACGGGGGUGAACGGCUUCACCUUCUAUGCCAUCGCGCUGCCCCUCGCCUACGCCCUCGCCUUCUACCCUUUCCACCUCGGCGUUUCCGGGCUCUGGCUAUCCAUAAUUGUGGGGGAGGCAAUCCAAACCGCCAUCUUUGGGUACUACGUGGCCACCACUGAUUGGUCUGCACAGGCUUCUUACCUUUCACGCCCUGCCGUUCUCUCCACUGCUUCUUCCCCCUUCCCAACCCUCUCCCCCUUCUCCCACCCCCUCGUUCACACCUUUCCCGCCCCCUCCCCCUCCGCGCACGUUCCUCUUCCCGGCUCAGUUCCUGCAGCGCGAGCAGCAGCUGGGCAGCCAUGCAUGGGCGCAAGCCAACCUGCGCACAUGGGCCCUCAUAUCAGCGUUGCACCCAUGCCUGCGCUCACCCUAACCUCCCGUGCCCCCUAUGCACCUCAUGCCUUUGACCCCCUCUCACCAGACGCGGAUGAGUCAGAGGAUCAAGUAGAGGCACGCACACCCGAGCACCAAGCACUAGCACACCCGCCCGCGCCUGUUCAUGCCUCUGCCACCGCCACUGCCAGCACGAGUGCGAGUACCACAGGGGAGCACAGUGCGGCGUUCGUGUCUGUGCCAUGCGGCAGCAGCAGCGGUGGGGGCGGCAGGGAGGGCAGGGUGGAGCGCAGGAGAGUGCUGGCGUCGCUCGAGACGUACCGCCAGGUGCCAGGCCCGUGUGCCGCUGUGGGGGAGUGGGGGGGGGGAGGGUGGGAGGAGGGUAGGGGAUUGGGGAGAGACGCCCUUGUUCUCCCCGCCCUCGCUGCCUCCACCUCGCCACCACAUUCCCCUCUCCAUGCGCCCACAUCGUCUGCAGCAUCAUCGGCAGCAGCAGCACCGUCAGACUCAGUGUCAAGCCCAGCAUCACAAGCGCUCAAGGGGAACGCGUACGGCAUUGCAUCAGUGUUCACACCGCCCGCAAUGAGAGGUCAGGGCCUGGCCACCCACCUGUGCCGCGCCGUGCCCUCCCUGCUCGCACAGUGCGACCCCGCCGCCCUCGCUGCUGUGCUGUAUUCAGACGUGGGCGAGCACCUGUACGCUCGUGCAGGCUUCACCGCACCGCCACACGUGCUGCCGCCGUCAAUGCAUGCAAUUGGGGUGCGCGGGGGAGAGGAGGGCGAGAGGCGCGUGCGGGAGAGCAGUGCGCGGGUGGAGUGGCUGAGACGAGGCGAGCAGGUGGCUGCUGCUGUGGAUGGCUAUGUGCACAUGCUAUCCCAGCGCCCUGCUCACUCCGCCUCCUUCCUCGUGCUGCCUUCAGCCGCGCAGGUGGAUUGGAUGGUGGAGAGGGAGCAUUACUGCGCGCAACUACUGGGAGUGGAGCCCUUGCCGUGGUCAGGAGCACGGUGCAAUGAUGCCCUCAUGGUAUGGACCAUGGAUGUGGCGCGGCACAGCAAGUACAUCAAGGUGCUGCUCUUCCACGCCGGCAGCAACCCGACAGACACAGCAGCGGUGAUGGCAGCGGCAGUGCGCGCUGCCAUGCACGCACGCAUCCCCUGCACCGCCCCUCCCUCAACCACCUCUGCACCAUUACCGUCUGCUGGGGGUGCCCUAGAUUCACGAGUUUCACUCAACGAGGGAGGCCGUAAAUGCUGUGCCUACUUCCUAUCCCUUCCGCCCUUGCAAUGCAAUCUUCAUCUCGCCUGCGCCGCUCCGUCCUCUCCCUUCCUUCCCCUCACCAGCGUGCACAGGGGGGCGCGCAGCAGCAGCAUUCCCAUGCUCGCCCCUCUCUCACCCGCCGUCGCUGCACCCAUGUGGUAUGCACGCACACUGCUGCCAUGCCAUGCCCCGCCCUGCCACCGUGCAUCCACUCACAACUCCCCGUGCAUCUCUCGCCUUCCUCCCCAUGCACUGCAUGCCUUUCUGCCAUCACCACGGCAUCAAAGCCCUGCCACAAGCAGCACCUACCACUCGUGCGUGCGUGCCACUGUAUCCCCCACUGGCCCCUACUCCCCACUCCCCUGCAUCAUCCGCAUGCCAUCCCUUGGCACUCGCACAGCACCUUGUGUCGCACUCGUCUCUAGGGUCUGA